CGGUCGACGGGUCGGGCCAAUCAGCCAAUCAGGCGUCACGCGAGUAGACCGGUGCCGAGGUGGCGAGCGUUCGCGUCUGGCAGUCAGUGCUCGACCAGCGUUCCGUGCGUUACGAACUAACCGCUGCUGCGACCUCGACGCGCCUGGUCCAUUUGGAGUGCACGCGCGGGAACCACGAAGACGCGAGUUUCGCCGACAGAUUAGGAUGACGCAAUGCCGCGGGGUUAGCGCACGUCGCGAUUUCAAGCUUAGAGAAUCGUUCUGAGACCUGCCGACCGAGGGACCCUAUCACGAUCGCGAUCCAGUGUCGACGAACCUCGAUCAUCCUGCUCGCGCGUGACCGUGUGUGUGACCGUGCGAUGAAAGAAACGAGCCUGCCACUGGAUUAAGGCGCCCUACACCCGUGACAAGCUACGCCAUGGCGCCUCCAGACAGGCACAGAUCGCCCAGGCCUGGAUCUGGACUCAGCCUCUCCGUCCUAGAUCUGGCCCAGAUCCGAGCCCUGGUGGAGUCUACGGGGAUGCUGGGAGGCUCUACCUGCCCGUCCUGCGAGAUGCCGUUCGACAAAGGGAAGAAACGCAGGCUGAUCGACUCCUGCGGCCACGAGCGUUGCUAUUCCUGCCUGUUCCGCAGCGAGGCCUGCCCGUUGUGCCUGCACGCCGACUUCAACGACGACGACGGCUUGGAGGGACCCUUCAGGGACGGGUUCACCGGCUCUUCGGGGCCCAUGUCCAUCCUCGCGCCCACGGAUGGCUGGGUGGAUGAGUCAUCGACGGUGAACUCUCUCUGCGGCAGCCCCAGACCCCGCACGAAAGUCACCACGAGAGCCAAUCUUCCGUCACGAGUCAUGCAUCAACGAGACGGAGAUGAAAGUGUCUCUUCCAUGGCGAAGGGUCUGAAGAACAAGCCACCAGCCCUUCCGGAGUCCUCCGCGUCUCAGGGCCGACAGAAGCUUCAAAUGAUGACCCAGAGUUGCCCCACGCCUCCGAAUCAAAGGAAAAGGUUUUUCCUGAAUCCGAAGGUACUCAGGAGCUCGUUCGUCAAUCAAAGGUCGUCCAGGCGAGGGGCGUCGUCCCCCGAGCCAGCCACGAACGACAAUCCCUCGGCCCUGUCAGACGACGAGGGGGGCUGCGUGAAGCCUCUGUCCUCGAAGACGCGGAAGUCGUCGCAGUCCGACCUGUACAUGAGACUGGGACUCCUCCUAGGUUCCAAUCACUCAAGAACGAACAGCAGCGUGGACGCGGGAGACCUACCCUGCGUUCCGAAUCGUUCCGGCGUCGGUCCGGCUUGUCAGUCCAGGGUUCCUAUUCAAGGUCACGAUAGCUCAGCAGCUUCGUUCAGCAGCCUCACCAGCUUCGAGACGCAAACCCUAGCUUCGACGAACACCAGUCCCGUCUCCACGUUGACCGGAACCUCCAGUGAAGCCGAAGCUGCAGCCGCGUUGAGAUGUCCGGUGAAACCCAAGACGAAGGUCAAGGGGAAGAGCAAGUCCAGGGACUGCGACAGCGCCGGAAGCCUUGCGUCCAUCUCCACGUCGGUUUCCGCCUCCACGUCUAUGUCCAUGUCCAUGUCCGUCUCCGUUUCGGGCCUAUCGAACGGCAGCUCGAGUCCUCUGAGUCCUAGAAGACAUUCCGUCAACGCCUCGCAGGCUGGCCAACCGGACGAACUUGGCCAGUUCAAGAAUCGACGAUCCUGCGCCAGGAGGUCCGCCAGAGCUGCAAACGUCAAGGCUGCUGUCGACGCCAAAUUGCGUUUUAUGCAACACCAUGCAACGCAGCUGACCCUGAAGCCACUGUUCUUCGAGGUACCUCUCCUGGAAACGGAUCCCCUCUUCACAGGUCGCCAGUGGUUGCUCCAAGAGGUCGAGUCCGUGGUGAACGGCUCCAGUCCAGGCGUGUUGAUCUCAGGCUCGCCUGGAACAGGAAAGACCGCACUGGUUCUGCAACUGGUGGAGCACAGUUGCUUCGGACGGAGGAGGGAGCAGCUUCCGUCGGAGAUCACCGAGGAACCCGAAGGUAAAGAAAAGACUGGCGCCUCUGCGUUGCACGCUGGCAUCCUCAACACGAACGAAAAGGUUCGAGAACUGGCGUCCCACGUGGUGGCGUAUCACUUCUGCCAAGCAGAUAACAACAGUACCUGCCUGGUGCCCGAUCUGAUCCACUCGUUGGCCGCGCAACUCUGCCAAGCGCCGCAACUCAUCUCCUACAGGGAGUACUUGCUCUCCGAGCCUCACAUUCAGGGCUCCCUGUCGCAAAGGGAGUGCACCGUGGAUCCUGACCUCGCACUCUCGAGGGGUAUCAUCGAGCCCCUGGCCACGCUCAAGAAGACCAACAGACUGCCUGAGACUAACAUGGUGAUACUAAUCGACGCCGUCUGCGAGGCGGAGUACCACAGACCGGACCGAGGCGACACGAUAGCGUCCUUCCUCACGCGACACGCGCCCAACUUCCCUAGCUGGCUGAAGAUCAUCUGUACAGUGCGAACGCAGCUCCUGGAGUGCGCCAAGCAGCUACCCUACACGAGGGUGUCGUUGGACAAGACCUCGAACGACAGCCUCGCCAGCAACGUCACGAAGGACCUGUCCGACUAUAUCGGCUACAGGCUGGCCCAGAGCCCGGCGAUCCAGACGAAUGUGACCGCGUCGGUGAACGGAAAGGCGGAAUCGUCGUGCAGCGCCAACCAGACACGAUUCGCCUCGCAUCUGCUCUCGCUGGCCAGAGGCAGCUUUCUCUUCGCGAAGCUGACGCUCGAUCUUAUCGAGAGCGGACACUUGGUAGCUAAAUCUGCGAGCUACAAGGUCCUGCCAGUGUCCCUGGCGCAGAUCUUCCAGCUGCACUUCAAUCUCAGAUUCCCCACCGCCACGUCCUUCGACAAGAUUCAACCUCUGUUGGGUGUCUGUCUGGCUGCCCUGUACCCUCUGACCCUGCCAGAGAUCUUCUACUCGGUGAACUCCCUGAACACGGACCGCUUCGUUUCGUGGGAGGACUUUUUACAGAGAUUCAAGAUGCUCUCUGGAUUCCUCGUGAAACGGCUGGACAACACGUACAUGUUCUUCCACCCGUCGUUCAGGGAGUGGUUGAUGAGAAGGGAUGAGGGAGAGUCGACCAAGUUCCUCUGCGACCUGAGGUUGGGUCACGCCGCGAUCGCCUACAGGCUUUCCCGCCUUCAGGCACCGUUGGACGGCGAUAAAGCGCUGGAACUGGGUCAUCACAUACUGAAGGCACACGUUUACAGAGGCGUUGCUCCGUGCUGGCCUUCGCGUGAUUUACAGGCGAUCUGGUUGGCGUCAUCGUCGGAGUGCGUCUCCUCCGCGCUGUGCACGCUUCGAAACAUCUACAGCCCGAACGUAAAGGUCUCGAGGUUGCUUUUGCUGGCAGGAGCAUCCCCGAACCACAUCACGGAGUAUUUAGGCAACGCCCCGGCUCUUUGUAUGUACGCUCACGAGGGUUCCGUCGAGAUGGUGUCGCUGUUGUUGGAGUUUGGGGCUGACGUCGAGCUGACCAACAGCCAGGGCUGCACGGCUCUGUCUCUGGCGGCUGCUCGUGGUCACUGCGACGUGGUCAGACGGUUGGCGGCCGCUGGAGCGUCUCUGGGACACACGGACAUGGCUGGACAAUGUCCUCUGGUCCACGCAGCAAGGCACGGAAGGUUAUCCGUGGUUGGUUACCUCUUGGCCUGCGACUGGCUCGUUCCAAACGCUGAAAACGAGCCGGAGAACACUCAGGACAUAAGCAGAGAGGAAGCCGCCCAACAGGCUGUCGUGGCUGCCUCGGCCCAAGGUCACGAGUCCAUCGUGGAAUAUCUAUUAGACAUGGCAGAAGUGAUCGUGGAUCGUCCGGACACCUUAAUCGGCGAAACUGCUUUGACCAUCGCCGCUGCAAACGGUUCCACGGCUACCAUUUCCGCGCUGCUAGCGCGUGGAGCGAGUCCGACUGCUGUGAACGCUAAGGGACUGUCCCCUCUGAUGCUGGCUGCGAGGGAGGGACACUGGGGCACCGCUGAGAGACUCUUGCAAGGUACCCUGUCCAGCAGUACGGACACCAUCUUGGACGACGCUGUGUCGCUCCUGGACCAACGAGACCCUGCUGGACGAACAGCCCUGAUGCUGGCAGCUUCAGAAGGCCACACAAACUUGAUCGAAUUGUUCCUUGAUAAAGGAUCCAUCCUGGAGGGCAGGGACAAGGAAGGACUCACUGCCCUCUGCUGGGCCUGCGUGAGGGGGAGGCUGGCUGCUGUGCAGAAUUUCAUCGAUCGCGGCGCGGAUGUUAACACUAGCGACAACACUGGCAGGACUCCUUUGGAUUUAGCUGCGUUCCAGGGCAAUCCGAAGCUCGUGCAGCUGUUGCUCGAAAAAGGAGCAGCGGUCGAGCACGUCGAUCUCCACGGAAUGCGACCUUUGGACCGAGCUAUCGCGUGUCGUAACAUACCCGUGGUGCAGUGCUUCCUGCGUCGCGGCGCCAAGCUCGGACCAGCCACAUGGGCGAUGGCGGCCGGCAAGCCCGACGUUCUCCUGAUACUCUUGAACAAACUCCUCGAGGACGGGAACGUGCUCUACCGGAAGAACAGACUGAAGGAGGCGUCGCACAGGUACGCCUACGCCCUCAGGAAAUUCCCAGCGUCCCCUGAGGAGGACUGCCAGGGACAGGAGCAGGGCCACGUGGUGCUGCAACUGCAAACGUUUGCGCAACUCCGGCUGAAUUUCUUGCUCAACCUCAGUCGAUGCAAGCGCAAGAUGAAUGAAUGUGCGGAAGCAAUCGAGCUCGCUGACGAGGCUCUGAAAGUUCGCCCGGUGUCGUACGAGGCUUUUUACGCGAGGGCAAAAGCUCGCGUGGACUCGGAUUUGUUGGAGGACGCUCUGUCCGACGUCCACGAGGCUCUUCAAAUGGCGCCACCGCAGAAUCGACAGGAUCGACGCGUCCUGGUCGCCCUGAGGGACGAGAUAGUCUCUCGACUGGACGGAGCUGGAACCGCCAAGAGUGACUCCGCCAGCAGAUCCAGGCUUCGAGCGUCUGUGGACACCCUCACCGAGUUGUAAUCUUUACUGUUCCCCUUGUAAAAGACUCGAACAUUUUUAGGGUAGCCCCUCCUCUGUCAGGAGAAUUACCACUUUUGUUCCAGUGACCUCCGAACGUUCUCGACGAGCUUCGUUUGUCUCUCUCGUAUUUUUUAGGCGAUCUUGAAACGAACGCGAAAGAGAUGAAGUUCGGAGCUAUUUCUGAACGACACAGGUUGUCCUGUUGAAACGUAUUCCUGCGAAAGAUAUUCCUUUCCUUGAGUCUUCUGCAACGCGAAGACGAGGUUUCGACGUCUUUAAUUCGUAUGCAAUCGCAUUGCAUGAUCGUGUAAGGUUUUUGUACGAUGUUCAGAGUUUAAUAUAUAUAUAUAUACAUUUCUCUUUUUAUAUAUAUAUAUAUAUAUAGUAUAAAUAUAUAUAAAUAUUUGUAUUAUAUUACGCGUAUAAAAAUUGGUUUCUAGUGUCGUUGUAAUUUAAUGAAAGUUAUUUAAUUCUGUUUCUUUCUCACUCUUUCUCUCAGUAUUUCUUUUUCAACGUGAGCCAUCGCGUGCACGUAUGUAUAUGUAAAGAUACAAAUGAAGACAAAAAAAAACACACACACACACACACACAAAUGUAACGCGCGACAGUGUCGUUCGUCGAAGAGGAGCGUCGAUAUAUUCCACAGUUAGAGAAUCGAACCGAUAGAGAACACUGAUCGUAUUUAUAAUGCAUUCGCUUGCCACGCAUUUAAUACACCUAUUCCUCUGUAACCUGUUCGCUAAAGUGUCGCGAUCCAAUCGUCGGCCACGUGUUCGACUUAUUUUUAUUAUCAUAGGAAGGCCUGCAGCGAACUUGGAUGGGCUUUUUGGUUACAGUUGCGACGUUGUUUGUCUCUGCCUUGGAGCAUUGAUGUCCGAGAUAAACGAACUUUUUAUCGAAAAUUGUUUUUUCUUUACCUUCAACUCUCGAUCCUCGUAUUUACCUCUUUCAUUCUCCUUUCGUGUGUCGUUGAUGUUUUUUUUAAUCGUUCUUUCGUUAUACCUUUAUCUUACAAUGACAGACACAGAUUUCAUCGACACUAGUUUCGACCAGCGCUGGUUUCGAUCGACACGAAUAUUGACUGUGAUAUCAGAAUUAAUGUAAAAACCUGAAAUGGGGAGUAGCUGAGACGAUUCUGAACAACAAUUUCCUUUGCAAAAAUGUCGGAUGGUGCUUCGUUUUUGAAUUAUUAACAAGAAACCACCGACCAAUCACAGCGCCCGAGUAGUAGCGCGCGCUUAGUCGCAAGAGCAUAGGCUCGAGCCAGGAUUGGCUGGCUACGCCAGGUUGCGGCGCUACUCACGCGCUGUGAUUGGUCGGUGAUUUUUCGUUAAUAAUUCAAAAAUGAAGCCUCUGCCAACAUUUUUCCAAAGGAAAUUGUCGUUCAGAAUCGUCUCAGCUACCACCCAUUUCCGGUUCUUGCAUUAAUUCUGGGACACCCUGUAUAUUUUCUGUACUGUUCAAUUACGAAGAAUGUUUAUUUGUUUAAUUAAUUGGCGUCUGUGACUUCUGUUCGACGAAAUCUGCAUCAAUAAAGUCUGUGCCGGUAAUUUCCAUGGGUCUCGAAUGAAAUGCACAACUCUCCACUUCGUUCAACUCUUCUUUAUUGUUCCGAAUCAUCGAACGUCUUUUUCGUUCGCGAGGGCCCGGCCGAGGCCCUCUAAGUGGUGUACAUCGAUUAGAGAGAAUUCGUAAGGUGCGUUAUGGAUACAUGAAGACAUAUAUUCGCAUAAGUGACGGCAAUCCCCCGGUAUCAGACAUCUUGAAGAAAAAGAACGCUUAAACUCGGAAGUAACAUCGACGACAAUUCUUAUCGGAAAAACGUCCAUAGAAAAUAGGCUAGAAGGGAAUACACAGCUCUCCGAGUGUUCUUUUCUCUGUUAUUACGUUUAACAAUAAAGCGGGCACGCUGCCGCUCUCGCAAGCUUGUCUUCCGUUACAGUUCGCCCGAGUAUCUCCGAGAGUUAGUACCAAGUUACGGAUUUUGGUCACGAACCCGCCGCCGUCGCGCCGACAGCCACGUUUAAGUACACUUUAAUCGUUUACGUAUAUAUUGUAAAUGUAAGAAUAACCGCAAAUAUCUCAAGCCUCGCGUGAUCACAAAUUCGAUUUUCGUAUACUCCAAUCGCCAGCUGCGAACGUUCGCGAUAUUAAAACGCACACCCAUGUUAAUAACCGCUCAGCGACCUUGAGCGGCCGAUAUCUACCGCCUGGACUCGGCGUUUGUACCACGUUCGUUCUUAUAUCGAUUACAGACAGCGUACGAGAGAAUAUCAGAGACUCGAAACGAUUAACGAGCUGCGGAUGCAACGUGGUCGAUAAUUCGUAAAAAGCACCUCUGUAACGGAUAGAUUACUUUACAUUAUUUGUGUUUGCAACCCUGUGAAUUGUGUGUACGGUCGGGUUCACGGAAACCCGGGAGAUACGAGCGACACCGGCGAAUGGAGACGUCGAGAAGCCUCUACUGCGCGUGUACCUUGCGCAGAAGCGACGUCGCGCGAUUCGUUUGAUUCGCUGGCGGCGCCGGAGCCUCCAAAGGGUUCUCGUUCACCUAGAAGUAUGUACAUUACAUGGAAAGUAGCAUUCUCAGGCUUGGAUCGCACCAGGUAACGUUUGCACUGUUCGCGAUUCGUUUAUCACCGCAGGAAAAUUGUCCACGGAACUGCACUGACCCGUUUCCCAGUUCGCUCACUCGCGUCACCCUAACUCGACGAUCAACUGGAACGAGAGCGAUCGAGUCGCGUAUAGACAACGGACGCAACAAGUGGUGUCUCGUGGAAAACGCCUGAAAAUCGAUCGCCUUCGCGUCGAUGACUCAACUGACGUGUCGCGAGAUACAAAAUGAAUAGAAAACUUAACGUUACGUUCUUAUACAAAAUUAACGUUACGAGAAAUUGUAGCGCGAAAAGUAGCGCGUGAAUUUUGUUUAGAAAGCAACUUAACGCACGAAGAGUGGCCAUCGAGAAUCGAACAUUUCCGAUAUAUUUGUGUAAAUGCGACUUAAUUGACCGGUUUUACGCGACCAGGGUAACCCACGGAAUUUAUAACGUUGGUCUCUUAAAUUUUUGCGAGCUAAGAUGAUCGCAUAAAAUUAAGUCACGUCUGCACACAUAUUUCGAGA